AUGCACAGCUCGGCCAAACUGCCAGCUUCAGGUUCGAUGAUUGCCCUGAUGGUGGCCUCAACCUCGGUGGCGCUCUAUCUUCUGAACACGACCGAGAACUUUCAAAAGGCUCAGGAAAUGGCCGUGACCUCUCAGUUGGCUUUCCUAGGCGCCGCCGCAGCCUUUGUCCUGCUCUUGAUCGCCAUGUUCGACCAGAUCAAGACCCCACUCAAGUUCAUUUACUCCUGCUUUCUCAAGCCCUUGAGCAAGAAGGGCGAUGUCUCAACACCCCAGAGUCGUUUGGAGGCCUUCUACAAGGACCAAGCAGAAAUCUUUGAUGAUACCCGCAGCGCUCUUCUCCGUGGCCGUCACACAGGGCUCGCUCUCGUCGCCGCUCAACUGAAGGAACAACUCAAGGUCUCGGGAACCGACAAGGCUCCCAUCUGGGUCGAUCUUGGUGGCGGAACUGGAUGGAACAUUGAGCAGAUGAACAGUUACUUCCCCAUCAGCAAGUUCGAGCGUGUCUAUCUAGUCGAUCUUUGCCCCUCGCUAUGCCGUGUUGCUCGUGAGCGUUUCCAGACUCUUGGAUGGUCCAAUGUUGUUGUUCUCUGCGAGGAUGCUCUCAACGGCAGCUUCCCUGGAAUCGACAACCCCGACGGCAAGUUCGAUGUCAUCACCAUGUCCUACUCGCUCUCGAUGAUGGACAGCUACUACGCUGUCGUCGACCGCAUCUACGAACUGCUCGAGCCCAAGCACGGUAUCCUCGGUGUCUCGGACUUUUACGCCUCCAACAACAUCAUCACGACGGAUACCCACGGCGUAGAGAACUAUCAGUGCAGCUGGUUCACCCGCAACUUCUGGACUAUCUGGUUCUCGUUUGACCAUGUCUACCUCCAUUCGUCCCGUCGCGAGUACCUCGAGCACAAGUUUGAGGUCAAGAAGGUCAUUAACGGACGCAACCAUAUGAUCAUCCCUUACCUCGUCCAGAUCCCGUUCUACGUCUGGGUCGGUCAACGAAAACGCUCUGAGUUCCAGCGGAGUCCCGUUGCCCAGCUCAAGGCCGCUGUUUCAGUUUUGCCCGACAGCCUUGCAGUUGAUGAGCCCACUCUUCACCAGCUCCAGAUUAACGACCUUCGCCCCCGUUCCAUGUCGACCGACUCUGGCUCCAGCCAAGGUUCCGAGGUACCCGACAGCCCCAGCAGCGUUGGAUCUUCUCGUACUCUGGUCGGUGCCAACCAAUCUGCCUCAACCCGCGCCAUGAUCGACAAGCAGGUCGAAGCCCGUUUCGGCCGUAAGCUCAGCCAAUGGCGUCUCCCUUACAACCCUACUCUGCCCUGUCACACCCAGUUUCGGUCCUACAUCUAUGCCUUCACCUGGGAGGAUCCCCGUAUUGACCUCGAGGUGUUGAACAUCCAAAAGGACGAUGUCAUGUUUGUAAUCACGUCUGCUGGAGACAAUGCGCUCGAGUAUGCCCUCAAGGGUCAGCCCAGCCGGAUCCACUGUGUCGACAUGAACCCAUGCCAGAACCACCUUCUCGAGCUCAAGCUGGCCGGUAUCAACAACCUGAACUACUCCGAGUUCUGGCAGAUGUUUGGAGAGGGUCGUCAUCAGGAUUUCCGCCGGAUUUUGAUUGACCAGCUCUCGCCAUCGCUCUCAUCAACCGCGCUUCAGUUCUGGUUCAAGAACAGGAACACGUUUGACGAUUGCUUCUACGAGACUGGAUAUUCGGGUCUGGCAUUGAGACUGUUCAAAUGGCUGUUGAGGAUUAAGGGUCUGACCAAGACCGCGGAGGAGAUUUCGACGACGGAGGAUAUCCAAGUCCAGGAGCAGCUCUGGGAGAACGUGGUUAAGCCGUCUACUCUGCCUGAAUGGCUUGUCCAGUGGGUGCUCUCCCACCCGGCCUUCCUCUGGAACGCCCUCGGAGUGCCGAUCAACCAGAUGAAGCUGAUCUUGGACGAGGGCAAUGCGGUCCAGUACAUCUACGACACCCUGGACUCGGUCAUGACCCGAUCGCUGUUCAAGAACGACCAGUACUUCUAUAACCUGGUCGUCAACCGCAAGUACACGCGCGAGUCGUGCCCGUCGUAUCUGUCUGAGGAAGGGUUCCAGUCGCUCAAGACUCAAAAGUCGACCGAUGCGAUGUUGUUGCACACAAAGUCGAUUAUCGAGGUCCUCAGAUCGCUUCAGGACGGAGAGCUGACCAAAGCCGUGCUGAUGGACCAUAUGGAUUGGUUCGACCCCAAGGAUGCGGACGAGGAGAUUAAGGAGGUCUCGAGGGCGAUUCGCUCGGGCGGUAUGGUCCUCUGGAGGAGUGCAGGCCGCAAGCCCUGGUACAAUGCGUUGUUUGAGAAGUAUGGCUUUGAUGUCCAGCCUGUCGGCGUUCGCGUCCCUGGUAGCGGUGUCUCUAUCGAUCGCGUCAACAUGUAUGCGUCCUGCUACAAGGCCAUCAAGAAGUAG